AUGGCUAUUCCAGAUUAUAUGACAGACAAAAAUUCCGUCCUUGAGGACAAAGUAGAAUGGCGUAAUGGAAAACCUAAUUAUACUAAUGCCAAUACACUUUUUGAGAAGGAACGUACCAAGAUUCAUCCAACGGGGUCACUUGAGGAACUCGUAACAAAUCUAGUAAAAAAUUGGGAAAAAGAAGCGUCUCAUAAACUUAAAGCCGAAGAAUGGCGCACAAUUGAUCAUAAGCUUUACAAAUUCUCUACAAAUGGUGGCCCUUGGUCAACUGCAGAAGAUAUGUUAAAAAUUGGAACUUACAAUGCACUUAUUGGAGAAUCUGAAUUUUAUUCAGCGAAACGGUUAAAUUUACACGAGUCUCACGAUGUAUUCCGAAAUUCUUUGUCCACUGGUUUUGCUUGGGAAGUUCUCGAAGUCUAUUCUGUGAUGGCUGAACCAACAAAUGAAGUAGUAGAAAUUUUCGGUAUCACUGUCGCGACGAUUAAUGACAAAUAUCAGAUAAUUUCUCUUGAGACAUUUUAUGAUCCUGCCGAUCUCAUGAAACAAAUGGUCAAGAAUUGCCCAAUCGCUAAUCAUUAA